GGGGGGUGGUCCAGGAAAAGGGAAUAAACUGUUCUUCGCAGUUCAGGUCCUCGGGUUUUCAAUUUCAAGAAGAAUAAACAAGAGCAAACUCAGUACACAGCAGCCCCGCGCCGGACUCUCACGAAGAACAGCUCGGCCCCAAGGCCGAGAGGCCGGGGAAGGCCGCCUCCGGAGGAGCCCCCGCAGACGCCAUACUAAAAGCCAAAAUGGCUGCCCCGAGGAAGCCCGUACCGCGUAGCUAGUAAGAGUUGGGGAAAAAGCUUCAGCGGGAAAGGGGGAGGGGGACCCUAGGAAGACCCGUCGCAGGACCAUCAUCCCCCGAGCCGCACAGGUUCCAAUGACAGCCAUCCCUUGCUAUAACUUUUAAACUGUAUUUGGAAAAACACUGGCCAGGAAAAAAAAUGAUAAAAUUUUUCCUUAUGGUGAAUAAACAAGGCCAGACCCGACUUUCUAAGUACUAUGAGCAUGUGGAGAUUAAUAAGCGAACACUUCUGGAAACAGAAGUCAUAAAGAGUUGUCUCUCUCGAUCCAAUGAACAGUGCUCUUUUAUUGAAUAUAAGGAUUUUAAGCUGAUAUAUCGGCAAUAUGCAGCUCUCYUCAUUGUGGUUGGAGUUAAUGACACUGAGAAUGAGAUGGCUAUUUAUGAAUUCAUCCACAAUUUUGUGGAAGUUUUAGACGAGUACUUCAGCCGAGUGAGUGAACUAGAUAUAAUGUUUAAUUUGGAUAAAGUACACAUCAUUUUGGACGAGAUGGUGUUAAAUGGCUGCAUUGUGGAAACUAAUCGGGCAAGAAUUCUUGCCCCUCUACAAAUUCUUGAUAAGAUGUCAGAAAGCUGAAGAGAAGGCUCUGCCAGAUAGCAUCGAUUCAUAGGAAACGUGAAGACCAUUUGAAAAGAAUCUGGAAGACUACCUAUUACGAAAUGGGGUACCCUUCCAAACAAUAUAAAUAGGUUUUUCCCACAUUCUACAUGGAAAAUAAAGCUAUUUUAAAAUAUGUACAAAGAAAAAUCUCUUAACUGAGGCAAGUUUUAUUUUCAGUAACUGUAAGUAUAUAUUUUUUCCCACUUCUUCAAAUUGUAUUGAGUACCUAAGAAAUCCUCUUUGGUCUCUGCUUCCCUUUGCAAAUUAAAUUCAGGAAUAGUAGGAUGGUAGUAAGAAGAAUGUGUGGCAGUUGUUUAUUAGACAAUAAAAUUUGUAAGUUGA